AUGUUCAAGAAGAACUCGGUUAAGCAGCAGUUCGUAGACAUCACUGGUGCGUCUUCAGCAACCGCACUGAAGUUUCUCGAUUCCAACAAUUACAAUCUUCAGCGUGCUGUCGAUGCGUACUUCAACAGUCCCAGUUCAAAAAAGAGCCUGGCUCCAGUUUUCGACAAAGCUCUAGUAGCCAUCUUUGAAAAUUACAGAGAUGAGGAUAAUGAGUCUCAAAUAGAUAUCAAUGGAACUAUGCAAUACUUGGAGGAUCUCGAGAUCGAACCAGAAGAUCCGCAAUCGCUUACAUUGGCAUUCUUUCUUCAUAGUCCAAGAAUGGGAGUCUUUCUGAAAAGCCAGUUUUUGAAGCAAUGGCAGCAAUAUGGCAUCAACUCUAUUGACGGUAUGAAGAAAUUUCUUGCCCAAUAUCAUGAAUCGUUGUUAUAUAACGAGGAGAACUUCUACGAGGAAAAUUCUAAUCUAGGUUAUGGAAAAAAAGAGCCUGUAACGUUCAAGAAGCUCUACGAUUUUACGUUUGACUUCUUGAUGGAAGUGGAAAACCAGAAGUUAUUGGACUACCAAACUGCUAUCGACUACUGGACCCUUUUGCUUCCGCUUGUAGUAAAUACUGCUGUCAAAGAUGGGAGUUUACAGCCAGAUAAAAGGGCUACUGUGGAGUCCAGAAUUGAGCAAUGGUUCGAGUUUGUCCGAAAUGAAUAUAAGCGUUCCUUUCUGAAGGACAGCUGGUCUAUGUUCUACUUGUUCUUCAAGGACAUUAUAAUAAAAGAUCCCGAGAAGUUCACAGACUACGAUGAAAUGGCCGCUUGGCCUAGUGUCAUGGAUGAAUAUUUCGAGUACUUAAGAGAAAACGAGUUGUUAGAGGAGUUAGUGUAG